AUGGGGAUAACAGAGGAGGCUGAGGAAGGAUUCUGUUUUAUUAGUGAUAAACAGAAGGGUUUAGUCCCUGCAUUUGUUGAUGUCCUGCCUAGAGUGGAGCACAGAUUCUGUGUCAGGCACCUGCAUGCUAAUAUGAAGGUAUCAGGGUUUCAAGGUAAGGCAUUGAAAGAUGCUUUAUGGGCUUGUGCUAGGGCAACAACUCUGAAUUCCUACAAUGACUGUUUAAGAAAACUUAGGGCAUUAGAUGAAGAUGCAUAUCAGUGGUUAGGUGAUAAGUCUCCUAGUGAAUGGUCUAGAUCUCACUUCUCUACACACAGUCACUGUGACAUGUUGGUGAACAACAUAUGUGAGUCUUUUAAUGCAACUUUACUUGGGGCUAGGGACAAGCCUAUUAUAGAAUGCCUUGAAACCAUAAGGAAGAUGCUUAUGACUAAAUUCUUUGAUAAAAGACAAAAAGCAGCAUCUUGGAAGACUGUGAUCUGCCCAACAAUUGUUGGAAAGCUGAAGAAAGUUGAGAAAGAGGCAGCAGGGUAUUUGGCAACCCAAUGUGAUUUCUUUAAGUUUGAGGUGAGUCAGCUGUAUGGGGACCGACAGGAGGUGGAUUUGGAAAGGAAAACUUGUUCCUGUAGGAAGUGGGAGUUGACUGGGGUGCCUUGCAAGCAUGGAGUCUGUGCAAUCUGGAAAAAGUAUGGAAAGGGGGCUUUGUUUGAUUUUGUUCAUCCUUGUUACUCAAAGGAGAGUUAUCUAAAGAUAUAUAGUUGCUCCAUUAACCCUAUGGCAGGCCCUUCUGAGUGGCCAGUGACUACUAGAACACCCCCUCUGCCACCUAUGUAUUCUGCCAAGGUGGGGAGGCCUAAGAAGCUGAGAACAAGGUCUGCUGGUGAGGUUGAGCCACCCCUGAGUCAAGAUGGGAUUUCUAUAUCAAGGAGACAUAUCCAAUUGCAUUGUGGAAUUUGCAGACAAGUUGGACAUAACUCAAGGAAAUGUCCAUCAAAUCCAAAUCAAAAGUUGAAGGCAAAGAAAAGAGUGAUUUAUACCACUAAACAGAUCCCCAAUCACAUUUCUAGCCAACAGCAGUAG